AUGGUUUCUUUCUCCAAAAUUUUUACCCUCUUCACUGCAAUCCCUUCUCUCCUCUCUGCCCAUCCAACCUCUCCAAACACCGGCUCUCACGGUAUCCUCCCAAAAGAACUUGCAGCCCGCUGGGACGGCGACAUCGACCAUAUCUCCUGGGGUGACGGAUGGUGCGUCGCCUUCUCUCGCAUACCAGUCUACUCCCGUAUCCUCUGGCGCCUCGCCCAAAACGUAGUCGGCGACUUUGAAAACUCCGGACUAUGGUACGCCCGUGCCGUAGGCGGUAAAUGGACCGUAGAAAUCAAACGGGUAGUAGUCAACAACGGGUAUGCCGACGGUGCACCCCUCUGGGCGUCAUGGAGCAGACUUAAAGAUGGAACUUUUGUACAUAACGGUGGGACUUAUUAUGUUGGUGAGCAUUCUAUGGCUAGUAUUGGACAGUUUGGAGGGGAUGGAGAGGAGGCGAAUAGGAUUGAGGUUUGGAUUACUACGGUUACGAAUUGGGGACCGGAGUUCUAUCAGGUGCUUAAGAGGGAUGAAAAGGAAGGAGGGAGUGAUUAUGGAGAGUUUGAGUAUCCGGCUGUCAAGAUCGAUGAGAAGUAUUUGGAGGAACAUGUCUGGAAGGGACCUGAUCCUGCAUAUUUGAAGUUUCUCAAUGAAACUGGCGUCCCGACAGACCUAAAAGCGAAACCGAACCCAAGGCCGAAGACAAAGACGGGAUCCAAAGAUGGUAAAAAGGAGAAGAAGAAGAAUAACUUGUCAAAGCGAGCGAAGUACUGGGAUUCAUGCUCUGCAGAUGACGACAAUAUGGAAUAUUACAACCGUGCCGUCGAUACGUCUGUGCAAGACUGUAUGUGGACGGACACGAAUAACCCAUACUGGUCGGCAGAGAAAGCCAGCUUCCCGAACCUUUGGGGAACCUUUCCGUGUUCUAGUAAUAAGAAUUUAUGCUGUCGAGGAUUGUGCACGAGGGAUGGAAGUGCUUGCUGUCCUAAUGAGGAUUUAUCCAUGUAG